AUGGUGAACUUCAAGCGGAUAGUCCAAGCCGGUCGUGUCGUUUUCAUCGCACGUGGUCCGUAUGCUAAAAGGAUCGCCGUGAUCGUGGAGAUCAUUGAUCAGAACCGCGUGUUGAUCGAUGGUCCUUGCACCGGUGUUCCCCGUCAAGCUAUCGGCCUUAAAAAUCUCCACAUUACGCACAUCAAGUGCCAACUCUCCCACGGUUGUGGCACUGCUGCUGUGCAAAAGCGUUGGGUGAAGGAAGAUCUUACUCAAAAGUGGCUGAAGACGGCAUGGGCAAAGAAACUGGAAAGAAAGUCAUUGCGGGCGAAAAUGACUGAUUUUGACCGAUUCAAAGUCAUGGUUGCAAGGCAGCAACGGAAUCGGAUUUUGAAAUCAUUCCGGAUAAUGAAACCUGCUGGGGAACCGAAAUCAACAAAGAAAUCUGUAAAGUCGAAGUAA